AUGCUGGGGGGCUCGGCCGGGAAGCAGGGCGCCGACGAGGAUGAGGAGGAGCUGGAGAUCGCCGUGGACAACACGGCCUUCAUGGACGAGUUCUUCUCCGAGAUCGAGGAGACCCGGCAAAACAUCGACAAGAUCUCGGAGAACGUGGAGGAGGCCAAGAAGCUCUACAGCAUCAUCCUCUCGGCGCCCGUCCCCGAGCAGAAGACCAAAGACGACUUGGAGCAGCUCACGGCGGAGAUCAAGAAAAUGGCCAACAGCGUCCGCAACAAGCUGAAGAGCAUGGAGAGGAACAUCGAGCAGGACGAGGCGCGCUCCUCGGCCGACCUCCGCAUCCGCAAGUCCCAGCACUCGGUCCUGUCGCGGAAGUUCGUGGACGUCAUGACCAAGUACAACGAGGCGCAGGUGGAUUUCCGGGAGCGCAGCAAGGGCCGCAUCCAGCGGCAGCUCGAGAUCACCGGCAAGAACACGACGGACGAGGAGCUGGAGGAGAUGCUGGAGAGCGGCAACCCGUCCAUCUUCACGUCGGGGAUCGUGGACUCGCAGAUCUCGAAGCAGGCGCUGAGCGAGAUCGAGGGGCGGCACAAGGACAUCGUGCGGCUCGAGAGCAGCAUCAAGGAGCUGCACGACAUGUUCGUGGACAUCGCCAUGCUGGUGGAGAACCAGGGAGCCAUGAUCGACCGCAUCGAGAACAACAUGGACCAGUCGGUGGGCUUCGUGGAGCGGGCCGUGGCCGACACCAAAAAGGCUGUCAAGUACCAAAGCGAGGCCCGGAGGAAGAAGAUCAUGAUCAUGAUCUGCUGCAUCAUCCUCGCCAUCAUCCUGGCCGCCAGCAUUGGCAGCAUCUUCGCCUGAGACCCCCUCUGCC